AUGAACACCAUGCCUGUGAUCGAUGCCGGCCUCAAGGGCGCAGGCAUCUUUUCGACGGAGCGCCAUGGGGUCGGCGCGCUGCUGUGGCAACUGAACGUUCCGGAAGGUGACCACCUACUCAGCCUCGUGCACCACGCCUGCGUCCCGAAUGCGAUUGUCGUGGAGUCGUCUGUUCGGGCAUGCAAAGCCAUCGAGCCGGGGCAGGAGGUCACCAUUCGAUUUCCCGCAGCCUUGCUAUUGCGACGACUGCGAGCCGAAGCUGGCGCUGGAGCACCGGCACUGUGUAGUGGGCGUUUGUCCUGGUGCGGCGACGGUGAGACCAAACCGACGAUGAAGAGCGUGCUGGGGUCAUGGACUUUGCCGAAGGCCGACCCCGUCGACAACGCCAGAGCCAAGCUGCCCGAUGCUGGACCCGAGAACUUCAGCCGCUCCGAGAAUGGCUCGCUGCUGAUGCGUGCGCAAUUUCGCAUCCUCAAAGAGGACUUCUUGAAGAUGAAGCCUGAACUGGUCACAUGGCUGCCGGAGCAUUUCUCUCGGAAGUAUGCCAAGAUGCGCAGCAAGACUGACUUCGGCACGAGGAUCCUCCAGGUGCUUCGCAAGUUGGAAGAGCAGUUGCAAAAGAAGGAUGGCAAGGAGUGGCUGCAGCUACUCGCUGAGAUCCCUGGGUUUUGCGACAGCUCUGCUCACUCCGGCGCGCCAUGCCUGA